GGGGGAAAGUGGAGGUUAAAGUGGGGCGUAAAAGUUCAAGUCGAUAUGAUGAUGAUGACAUUUGAGAUGAGGGAGGGACAACUACUUUGCGGAUGACCUCGACCUCUAAACGCAUCGCGGCUACACAGUCUGCUGGAGGGGUCAAUCAAUUGAGUCGUCGAUCCGUCGAACAAAGGAUCAGAUCAGUGACUGUGCUACCUCUUGACAAAGGAUCAGAAGACAAUCAAUCGCUUCGACCGAUGGAUAGGGGGAUGGAUAUAUGAUCCAAGAUCACAUUUCCGUCUGAACCUCACACCGAUCCCUCAAUCAUGUCUCGCUCAUCCUUAUCAUCGACGUCUACACUACUUCCCAGUCCCGAUGAUGGUGGUCAUCGAGAUGAAUUGUCCGAGAUCAAUCAAGACAUUCCCGUCUCGAUAUCUUCCUUUUUGCACAAUGUCAGGAAACUCAAAGGGUUCCUCGGACCGGCCCUGUCGAUCGACUUGGGACUCGAGAUUGCUCAAGUGGUAUUGAUGCCGGAAGAGUCUGAACAUUGGACGAGGUAUGAGCGAUUGGCGCAUGUGCAAGAGAGAUACUGCAAUGUGGUCGGAGCGGCCAUAAUCACUUGCUUGAUCGCCUUGUAUGCUUGCUCCUUGAUCUUUCCCUUGAAGCUCUCAAGAACACCAUGGCAGCCGAUCAAACACACCAGAUUCCAUCGAUCCUUCUGUACAGUCACAUUUCUUUUCGUCUCCCUCCUCAUCUUGCUCCAUGCCUCCCCGCAUAUACUCUACAUUGUCUUCACCCACUUGCCCGCUCCCAACUUUUACCCGCCUCUACUACCCAAAGCACCUUAUUUGACACUCUCCCUCCUUCGCAAUGUCAUCCUCGUCCUCACUCUGCUCAUCUCUGGGAGCAUGCGCCGAGGUCCGAGGAUGCAGUACACUCCCAUGGCACUCGGCACUGGCUUUGGCGUCAACGCCGAGAAGGACGAUGCUAAAGUGUACGACAAGGCAUUGACACCGGCUCAGGUGGACGAUAUCGAAGCUCGGAGAAAGGCUGCUGAAGAGCAUAGCAACGUCUUGGAUUAUUCACAUUCCUGCAUGUUGAGCUUUUGCUUCAUGGCUUAUUGUUAUCCUCUGGCAAAGACAUCGAUCACUAAAUCGAGGUUGUUGAUGUCUGAUCUGCCUCAAAUCGAACAACGGAUUCGAAACGAUGGGGCAGAGCGAAUCAUAUCGAGGGCACCUGGGCGUAUCGCUUUGCCAACCGGAGACGACAAAAUCACCCGAUGGCAGCUGAUCAAAUUGGUCUGGGGUGGGAGAGGUUUGACCGUGACAAUCACCCUCUUGUUUGAAUCCCUCGUCGUUGUCCUGGGCUUUCUUCAGGCCGUCUCUUUGUAUGAAAUCAUCAAUUCGAUGGACGACCCGACACGCAAAACCAAGGCUUACCCCUAUCUGAUGUGCUGGGCCCUAUUCCUCAGUCAGACAUCUGAAUGCUUCCUCCAAGCGUACUCGUGGACCCGAGAAAACUUUCUCUUGCAUAACCCAGUUCGAUUCACCAUGGCGUCUCUGCUCUUCGACAAGAUCCUACGAUGUAGUGAUUCCAAGUCGAAAGAGGCGCACAACCUGAAAGAGGGGGACAGGGACGUCCGCAAGGGCAAGACACAAGUCGUCAACUUGUUGACCAUCGACUCCUCCCAAAUUGGAGGUUUAGCGACAAGAAUUUGGGCAGUGUCCAACGCGACGAUAUCUCUCGUUUUUGGUGUGUACGUCCUUUAUGGGAUGCUCGGCGUUUCUUCGCUCGUCGGUAUUGCCGUCGUCCCUCUCAGCUCUCCGCUCUCCUUUUACGUUUCUCGAGCCUGUUAUAGGACCGACAAGGCGUGGGCGCAAGCGAGAGACGCGAGGAUCAGUGCGAUUCGAGAGUAUUUGAACGGGGUGAGGGUAAUCAAGUUGAACGGCUUUGAAUCGUAUUUUCAACGCCGCAUCGAAGCGCUCCGGGCGACCGAAACGACUGCUCAGCGAUGGCGAUUUACGCUCGGUACCCUGUUCAACAUUCUCGCAGAUCAGCUUCCUUCAGCUGCGAUAGCGUUCACGUUCCUAGCUUACACCAAGUUUUUUGGCCACACUCUACAUCCGGGCACUGCUUUUGUGGCGAUCAACAUCUUCAAUCGCGUCAAGAGUGCCCUGCAGUCGGUACCCAAUACAAUGCAAGGUUUCUUUGAGGCCUUGGUGGCCAUUGAUCGAAUUUGCCGAUUCCUGAAUGCGCCGGACAUCGAACCUUUGGGUGACGAAGAGUCCGACGCACUCGUGUUCUCCCAUGCCACCAUCACCUGGCCGACAAGUCUCGAUGCCGAGAUCGAUCGCGCCAAGCUGUUCAAGCUGCGUGAUGUGGACGUGCGGAUCCCUCGGGGAAAGUUUACCCUUAUCUGUGGUCCGCUGGGAUCGGGAAAGACACUCUUACUCCGAUCUCUCCUCGGCGAGGCAGUCAUCGAAUCCGGAAGCAUUGCUGCACCCACCUCCUUGCCUUCAGCAACGCCGCUCAACGGUUCUGCUCUGGGGUCCAAAUGGAAUCUCGACACUUGGCUCGACAACAGCGUGGCGUAUGCCCCCCAACAGGCAUACAUUCGCCACGGGACGAUCCAAGAUAAUAUCUUGUUUGGUCAACCCAUGUGGCGAGCCCGAUACGUUGAGGCGUUGAGGCAGGCUUCUUUGCAGAGCGACCUUGCGCUCAUGGAAUCGGGUGACCUUACAGAAGUAGGCGAUCACGGGGUAACAUUGAGUGGAGGGCAACGAGCUCGCGUCAAUCUUGCGAGGUGUCUAUACUCAAGGGCAAACACCGUCUAUAUGGACGACAUUCUCUCGGCCGUCGACGCACAUACUGCCCACUUCAUCUUCAACGAGUGCUUGACCGGAUCGCUGUUGAAGAACAGGACCGUCGUUUUCGUGACGCAUCAUGUGGCGCUGUGUCUACCCGGAGCCGACUAUAUCGUGACGCUGAACGAAGGUCGCGUGGAACAAGCAUGCCAAGCGUACAACGCCGAAGUUCACAACCUCCAAGCUUUGGAAGAGGAACAUCACAUUGAUGAACCAGCAGUCGAUGCAACGCGGGCCAAGGAACCUGUGCCGGGGGAUGAGCUAGUGAAGAAACCUGCAGAAAAAACCAGUCGCCAGAUAUACACCACCGAGCACGCGUCAGAGGGUCGAGUCGACAGGUCGCACUACAGGUUGAUCCUUGGUGCCGCAGGAGGUUGGGGCUAUUGGAUCGGAAUCGCCCUUUUAUACGGUCUGACAGCAUUAUUCGAUGUCGUCAAGCCGUGGUUCAUGCGUGGUUGGUCCUCUGAUCCUGAUCCUGCGCACUUGAACAAGUAUCUACGGGGCUGGUUCGGCCUCAUCAGUAUCACGAUUGCCACUGGUGCUUUCCGAUGGGUAUGGCUGUACGGAUUCGGGAGUAUCGGUUUCUACUCCCGAGGCAGCAAGGUCAUCCACGCUAAACUCCUUCAAAGGAUCAUUCAGGCGCCACUGACUUUCUUUGAGUCGACACCGACGGGAAGAAUCGUCAACAUUUUCAGCCAAGACCAAUACCGUGUCGACGCUCAGGUAGCAGACGCUUUUGGAAGAGCCCUGGCGGCUGCUUUGUCUGUCGGAUUGGCAUUCAUCGUCACGUGUAUCGAGACACCACCCUUGAUCGCGAUCGCCAUAGCGUUUGCUCUGCCCCUCCAGUGGAUCAGCAGCCGCCUAUCAAAGCUCCGUGCGGAUCUCAGACGACUCACAUCGAUCGCCGACAGUCCAUUGAUCACGCUCUAUAAUGACGUCUCAGAGGAGAUUGUCAUGAUCCGAGCGUUUGGUUCCCACCAAUUCAUGAUUGCGUCCAUGCAGACCUUGUUCAAUCGAGAUCGUCAGGCUUGGUGUGCAGACUGGCAAGUGUUCAACUUUGUUCGGUCGAGUAUCCGCGCCAUUGCGUGCAUCUUUGUGGCCGCGGCUGCGUUCCUGAUGGUCCACAAAGGAUUGACUGGCGCCCAAGUGGGUCUCGUUCUUACAUUUGCCCAGUCUGCCAGCGGUGGUUUGUUUGGGCUCCUCGAGCAAAUAUCGAAUUUGGAGCAAACCUUUGUAUCGGCUGAACGUAUCAACCGGUACAUUGAGAUGCCAGAGCAGGAGAGCUUCGAGGGAGAUAUUCCCGAGAAACAGUGGCCGACGCGCGGCAGUGUAGAGUUCAAGAAUGUCAGCGUGAAAUACGCCGAUGACCUACCAGAGGUACUACACAAAGUAUCCUUCAAGGUGGAGCCCGCGAUGCGAGUCGGCAUAGUCGGUGCCACAGGUUCCGGGAAAAGUACACUCGCAUUGACCUUGUUUCGAGCUGUUGAGCCUUGUGAGGGGAGAAUAGAGGUGGAUGGGACAGACAUUCGCACGCUUGAACUUCAUCAUCUUCGAAAGAGUCUCAACAUGGUUGCCCAGGAUGGGUCACUGUGCUCAGGAACGCUUCGCGAUGCGAUAGAUAUCACUGGAGAGAAGGACGACGCGGAAAUCUACAAAGCCCUUCAACGGGUCCACCUUUUGCCCGAGAUCAUCACGCCGACAGACGUCAAGACAAAUCCUUUCGCCAAUCUCGACUCGUUUGUAGCUGUCGGUGGAGACAAUUUUUCUCAAGGUCAACGACAGCUCUUGUGCUUGGCCAGAGCGUUGCUUAAGCAGUCACGCGUGUUAGUCAUGGACGAGGCGACGUCGUCGGUCGACUUUGAGAUGGAUGAGCAGAUCACCAAGACGUUGAAAGAGAGCUUUGCAGACACCACCAUCAUCACCAUUGCUCACCGACUGGCGACUAUUAUGCAGUACGACAGGGUGUUGGUAUUGAACAAGGGUCAAGUUUUGGAAUACGACUCGCCUCUGAACCUGAUACAACGUGACGGGUCAGCGUUCCAGGCGCUCUGUAUGGCACAAGGUAAAGAGAACUUUGAAGAGUUGUUGGCUAUGGCCAGUCGAUAG